AUGUCGUCAACAAUGGUCACUACCGUCGCACAACCGUCUCUCACCAUCAAAGGCAGCGCUGCCGUCGGCGCCCACUGCCCGAGCUGCGGCUUCGACCUCCCGCCGCCUCCGCCGGCCGACUCCUCCACCGAUGCCGCGCCCAAGGACCUCGCCGCGGCGCAGUCCCGCAUCGCCGAGCUCGAGAACGAGGUGCGCGUGCUCAACGACAAGGCCGCCAUGGCUAUGAACCGCUGGGCCGAGUACGAGGCCGAGCUGACCCGGCUGCGAUCGGCGUCACCGCACGCCGGUGUCACCUCGUCGCCGCAAUCACCGCCCUCGGCCGCGCCGAGCCCGACGCGCAGCGCAUCCUAUCUACAGCAGGGCACGGAGCGCAUCUCGGCGCUGCUCUACGCGCGCAAGACAUCAACUACAAACCUACGCACCGGACCGCCCGCGCUCCAGACGACGACGACGACGACGACGACGACAAUGGGCGACGCGCUUUCCCCUACGGCGGCGACACCGACGACGCCAACGGCACAGCACAUGACGGAAGAUCUUCUCGAGGCGCUCAACCGCGAGCAGAACCUGCGGCAGGAAGCCGAGGGCCGCCUCACCGCGACGAGCCGCGAGAUGGAGGAGCUCAGCGCCGCGCUGUUUGAGCAGGCGAACGAGAUGGUGGCGGACGAGCGCCGCGCGCGCGCCAAGCUCGAGGAGCGUGUCGGGGAGCUCGAGAAGCGCGACGCGGAAAAGAAGAGGCGGCUGGAUCGCCUGGAAAGUGCCAUGAGCCGCAUCGAGCGUGUCAAGAACCUUCUCCGCGAGUGA